CAGGGCACACAACGCAGCGCAGCGAUUGCUAAAGCAUUCGAAUUGCUGCCUCCACAUUUUCACUAUUUACUACAAUACAUACAUACCUACAUACAUACAUGCAAAAGUAUGUAUGUACAUAAGUGAGCUUUGCUUGUAGGAAAUUAAAAAAAAAUCAAAAAGAAAAAUUCAUUAAUCCAAAGUACAUGCCACUUGGCUAGCCCAGGCUGGGCGUGUAAGUGUAUGUGCGUGUGUGUGUGUAUGUGUGUGUGUUCAUUCGAAGUGAAGUGUUUGUAAAAGACUGUGAAAUAGUGAUUUUUCUAUACGCCGCGUUGGUCUCUUCCAUCAGUUUACGUCGUGGUAUCGCGUGUGUCUGCAAGUAUAUACAUAUAUAUUGAUGUAUGUAUCUCCAUGUGUUCGUAUGAGUAUGUAUAGACCGACCAUAACGCGAGUGUCAGCCAAGUCCAGGCAUUUAUUUUCGACGUCAGUGUAGUGCCAUAAAAGAACCGCACAGCCAUAAGCCAUAAGAAACGCAAGGAACACGGAGUCACUACUAGUGCCACAAAUUCGACCGCAACUCUUUUCCUUUGGAAGACAUCCAACUUCUAAGGUCACUAUUUGCAGCAGUGCCAUAGACACACAAUUACAGCCAUAUAUACGAGUACCUACUACGACAGGCAGACACCACCAGCAACAACAGCAGAGAUAGCAGCGACGCCGGCAAUAGCAGUACCGAAGUAAGUGGCGAGUCGAAUGAUUCCGGCACCGAAUCUGAUGGUGACGUCCUAGAUGUUGACAACAAGCAUCGCCCUCUAGACUUGGACAUGGAAACCAGCCUAAGCUCCUGCGCCGAUGUAAAUUCACCAACAACAGACACCGCCUGCUCUUCGUCAGCAUCUUCUGCGAUGAUGUGUCAAUCCCACCUUCUAUAUGAUCAACACAGUUCGGAAGAGGAAUUGGAAGUGAUCAAUGGCCCAUCAUCGGUAGCGGCAGCCGAAGCGGCAUCCAAUGUAUUGGUAGUGCGUGGCACUGCCUCAUCACUCAUAUCGGAGCGUGGCUCAUCGUCGUUGGAAACCGAAGAGCUAUUCGGCGAAGCAUCGACAUCGAAACGUUCCAGCUCAACGUUGGUUGAGAAUCGCAAGAGAUCUCUGGCGCAUAGCUCCGAUGAUGAUCAGCUGAGAAACUUCUUGGAACCCGUUUUAACACCAGUGAAUUUUCGCACAUCACCACCAUUGGAAGCUUUCAAGCCAAACCGUAGCCACAAAUAUCGCUCCACAACGCCACUGAUAUUAUCGGAGGCGCGUUGCGGCAUCGAAAAUAUUAAAUUAUGUGAUAAUAGUGUUAAUGACGAAAAUGGUGACGGCGCCGCCGCAGCGUCGUCAUCGUCGUCGUCCUGUGCAGCGUCAUCCGGCGCGUGUGGUGGUGGUGGUGGUGGUGGCAAUUCAAAAGCCGGCUGCAGCAAUAGCAGCGGCAAUAGCAACAAUAGUGAUCCGAAUUCAACGAGUGUGAUUAAGGUGUGCGCCUCAUCGCUUAAGAUGAGCAAUAGCAGCCAUCAUAUCUAUCAGCCGCAACCCAAAUAUAAUUUCCACUACAACAGUUCGCGCAGCAGUCCCGCAUCAACGACCGGUCUCGAUGCGAUGGAGGUGCGCUCGGUAAGUCCACCGGCGAAACUCUUCCAUUCGGCUAGAUCACCACACCGCCGACCGAUACGCACACAACACGCCGCACAGAGGCUACAGCGGCCACAUCGGCCGUGUUUAGAUUUUGAUAAAAUGCAACAAGUGAGUCUCUAAUGCAGCGCCAAAUCAAAGACUUUUUACUUCUCACUAAUUACAAGUAAAUGUACCUAAAAGCUCGCAUUACCCACAAUGAAAUGAACGGCGGAAUGAUGAAGUGAAAUGAAAAGAGAAGAACGAAUGUUUGGAGGAUAUCAUGAAAAAUUAAAAUAGAAUGAAGAGAAAAUUAUUUCAAAGAGCAGAGCAUGAAGAUCAUGAGUUGAUUGUGAAAAUCUAAUAGAAAUAGCCUGCCUAUUUUGUUGGUAAUUGAAUGUAUGUAGGUUUUGUACAGCAAAAAAAGUAAAACAAAAACAAAAAAUAUUUGCAAAAAAAAAA